CCGUCUCGGAGGCGGGGCACCUGGGCGAGGAGCGGCCCCGAGCGCCGGAGUCGCUGCCGCCGCCGCCGCCGGGCGCCUGGCGCUCCCCUCUUCAGUGGGGCGCUGGGUGCAGCAGCCGCCAGCGGAACAUGGCGCCGUGGACAUUCUGGCGCUGCUGCCAGCGCAGCGUGGGCUGGGUGCCGGUGCUCUUCAUCACCUUCGUGGUCGUCUGGUCCUACUAUGCGUACGUGGUGGAGCUGUGCGUGUUUACCCUCUCUGGAAAUGGAGAAAAUGGAAAGGCCGUUGUUUACCUUGUGGCUUUCCAUCUGUUCUUUGUUAUGUUUGUAUGGUCCUAUUGGAUGACAAUUUUCACAUCUCCCGCUUCCCCCUCCAAAGAGUUCUACUUGUCCAAUUCUGAAAAGGAACGUUAUGAAAAGGAAUUCAGCCAAGAAAGACAACAAGAAAUUUUGAGAAGAGCAGCAAGGGACUUACCUAUCUACACCACAUCAGCUUCAAGGACCAUCAGAUACUGUGAAAGAUGUCAGUUGAUUAAACCUGACCGGGCACAUCACUGCUCAGCAUGUGACGUAUGUGUUCUUAAGAUGGAUCAUCACUGUCCUUGGGUGAAUAACUGUGUGGGAUUUUCUAAUUACAAAUUCUUCCUGCUGUUUUUAUUGUAUUCCUUGUUAUAUUGCCUUUUCGUGGCUACAACAGUUUUACAGUACUUUAUAAAAUUUUGGACGAAUGAACUCUCUGAUACACGUGCGAAAUUCCACGUACUUUUCCUUUUCUUCGUGUCUACAAUGUUCUUCAUCAGCGUUCUAUCACUUUUCAGCUACCACUGCUGGCUAGUUGGAAAAAACAGAACAACAAUAGAAUCAUUCCGCUCCGCCACAUUUUCAUAUGGACCUGAUGGAAAUGGUUUUUCUCUUGGAUGCAGUAAAAAUUGGAGACAAGUCUUUGGUGAUGAAAAGAAAUACUGGCUACUUCCAAUAUUUUCAAGCUUGGGUGAUGGUUGCAGUUUUCCAACUCGCCUUGUGGGGAUGGAUCCAGAACAAGCUUCUGUUACAAAUCAAAAUGAAUAUCCUAGAAGUAUUGGCUCAAAUCAACCCUUUCCUAUCAAACCACUUAGUGAAUCAAAAAACCGAUUGUUGGACAGUGAAUCUCAAUGGAUAGAGAAUGGAUCUGAAGAAGGCACUGUCAGAUCAGGGACAAAUAACCAUGUUACAGUGGCAAUAGAAAAUUGAGUACCACUUGUUCAUAACUAACCAUUUGAAUAAGAGCAAGGUUUAUAAAAACAUAUUAUGGACUGAUAUUUUCAGUUUUAUUUGCAAGAAAAUGAUCAAUGGAAUGAAAUAACUGAAGUAUAAGAGAAGAUAUAUUUUUUAAAAAGGAAGCCUUUGUACAGAUCACCGGACCCACAGAAGCACUACCCCAGCGCAGAAAGAUGCCUUAAUCUUAAAUAUACCCAUUUGUGCUACAUCAACUUACUGCUACAAAAGUGACUUAAUUUUACUCUGGAAAUAACACCCACCUGUUAUGAGAUGCUACACUAUGAGCUAUCAAGUCACAUGUUAACAGAGUAUAUGUAUUUUUUUGACAUCUGAGUUAAAUAAUUAAGAGUUGUUUCUUAGUAUCCAUAUAAAGUUUCACUCUUGAAACACAAGCUGAAAAGUUAUCUUAAGUACAUGUAGGGCAGUAUAGUGGCUGAAAGUGAAUAAUAAUAUCUAUUUACUGUUGCUUAUACUGUGUAAGGAAAAGAAAAUAACUUUUUUUUUAUUGGGUGUUGCUGAUUUAUAAUUACUGUUUUAUACUUUUCAACAUUUAUAAUAAAGUUUUUUAUUGUUGGCUAUAAGAUAACACUCAGAUUCAGAUAUCUAAAUAUAAUUAUUUAAAACAUGGAGCACAUUUGUAUGAUUCAUUGAUGGCUUAGUUCUAAGCAUUAAUAUAACCAUGUAAUGUAGUGUUGUGCCCAAGGCUUAAAGGAAACUUGGCAGUAUAGGAAACAUUUUUGGUUCUCGCUACAUUUAAAUUACUUUUUUGUUGAACUUUCAUGGGUAUUUUCAUGGUCAGGGAGUCACAAAGGCACAUGUGCUAUAGAAAUAUUGGACACUGAAGAGUGGCAGUGGCUAGAAGAAAAGUAAAGAGGAAAAUAGGCAGGUAUUGUAAGCUGUUAAAAAUUAUUUAUGGCCCCAAGGUAUUGGCCCCAACAUGCUGUUGACUUUCAAAUAACAAUUUAGGUGAUUACUAGAAAUUACUUUGAAACUUUUUACAGUAUUCCAGUAACAGCUUAAACAAUGACUGAAAGGCAGUUUGAACUAGGGUAAAACUGUUUAGUGUAAUUCUGCUUUCUGGAAAGAAAUUCUAACCUAAGCAGUCAUUUAAGACUUCCAGUCUGAGCAGUGGAUUCCACUCUUACACACAAAAUUUUAAAUCUGACUUUCUAAACACCAGCCCCUUUCUGCCUGGUAGACCUAGAUCUCCUUUUUCUUUUGAAAUGCAAUCUAAGUGACAGGAAUUAUUGCAUUAAUUUUAAAGGCAAAUACUGUAUCCUAUAAAGGAGAAGCCAGGUAGAAAUAUUACUCCUCACAUAUCCUGUUUGGUCAAAUAUUCACAAAGCAAAAUGAUUGAUUGCUUCCAGCAUCGGGUAGAGAUAAAUCUUAACCAGCAUCUGUAAAUAUCAACCGUUACAAUUUCCCUAUCUGUAAAAUGGAAUUGGGGGGAAAGCGUGUUAUUCAUGAGUUGGACUAGGUGAUCUCUCACAUUCUUUGAUUCUUAAUUUUGCAAAAUUAACCUUACAUUUCAUUCAUCCAACAAAUAUUUUUGGAGUAUCUUCUGUAUGCCAAACAUAUGCUAGAGAUAGUGCUAUGAUUUCCUAAUGUAGCAUAUAUUUUAUACUCAGCUAUUCCAGGUAUUAGUUCAGAGGAUUUGUCUAAUUCUGUUGGCCGUACUAAUACUAGAUUUUAAAAGGAAGUUAUGUGGGUUUUUUUUUU